AUGUUCGUCCACGGUAUUAAACCUGGUUCUAGUGAAGAAGAAGAGGAGGAAGAUGUCAUGGAUAUUCUCAUGAAAAGAAGAGAAGAAUGCGAGCGCAAGGCGAGGAGGGGGGAGAUGGAUCCCCGGCUGGAAUUCACCUUCCAGCUCCUGAUAGAUGGCACCGGACUUCCACGUCAUGCCAUCAUGGAUCAUGUGUUCGAAGGAAAUAUGCUGGAUGACAUCAACCAGCUGUUCCUUCCACACAUGCGGAACAAGCUCCUAUGGUACUACCAAGACGUGGAAGAGAUAGAACAUCGCCCGAUCCCAGAAGGAACAAAGAAAGGGCAAGGAAAACCCCCACCACCCAUAAUAACCUUGAAGAAGAAGUUGUUUCUUUCGGACGGUUGGGAUGUGCGAUUUACAGGCGUCUGUAUUUACAUGUUCCGUAUAAAUGUCAGCAAGCAAUUGCCAGAAGAAGGGUUCCAUAAAGAUCUUUUUUGUGGCAUACUGAACGCUCAGCAAGUAGGUUUGGUGACGGCUAUAGAACGAGUUAUGGAACACGUGUACAUGAACGCGCUGGCACAUCCCAGCAGCGACGGAGAAGAAGACGAAACGAGAUUUCCCAUUGUGAAGAAUCAACUGUUACCGGGGCUAAGGUCUUUCUGCAGCGCUCUCAAAGUAUGCGAGGACGUUUGCAACCAAGUGAACCUAUUUGACGAUGGCCAGGCUCACAUGGCUGAGCUACAGGAUCAUACCCAACUUAAAGACAUGGCAAAGAAUCCCACUACUAUAACUAUGUUAGAAGAUCGAGUCAAUGAAUGGAUCAAAAAAGUAAUGGAGAUACUUAGUGAAAGCGAGCAACUGAGACGUGAAGUGGACUCCAGUGGCCCACAAGAUGAAUUGGAAUACUGGAAAAAGAGAGGUGCCCAAUUCUCACAACUGGUUUCGUAUUUACAGGACAACGAGGUACAACUCACAUUAAGUUGUCUGCAAAUUGCUAAUUCGAAAGUGAUCAAACUUUGGCGAGACACCGACCAUAAGAUAACAUUCUGUUACAACGAAGCAAAGGAUAAUGCCAAGUUUAUACAAGCGAUGGAGAAGUGUUGCCAUUCAUUGUACCUGGAUGAUCCUGUGAAGAUUAGGGAAUCUAUACUAAGCUUGUUGCAGACUGUCCGGCUGAUACAUAGUGUGUCUCAGUUCUAUAAUACAUCAGAGAGAAUAUCUUCCUUGAUGGUGAAGGUGAGCCAAAAGAUCAUGAUAACGAAAUUAAGUGAAAAGUACGACAGGGUGCUAAGAUAUUGUGAAAAAGAAGUGGAUAAAAUAACCAAAAUGUUCAAGAGGCAGAGGGAAGAUCCACCCUUGCCUCGUAAUUACUCCCCCGUCGCAGGGCGCAUAAAAUGGUCCCGAUGUCUGAUGCAUAAUAUGACAGAGACGGUGGAGAGCGUCUGUGCUCACCCAGUUCUCAGGGCUUUGCCAGCGUCUGCCGACAUGAUGAGGAAGUACUCUAAUACCCGUUCCCUCAUCCAUAACUAUGAGGAGACGAUGAAAGCUGUAUGGAUGAACCAAAAUUUGUGGGAUGUCGACGACUGUUUAAACAAUACUCUUCUAAGAAUAGAUGAUAGUGGUUGCGUAGUGGUCAACCUUGAUCACACCAUACGACUGCUGAUCAGAGAGUCUGAUUGCUUGGUCAAGAUGGGUGUAGAUUUACCUAUUGUCUGCCACUCUCUCUACGCUAAGAAGAAUUAUUUCACUCUCGUAAAUGAUUCUCUGCAACAUGGCGUCUUGGAGAGCAAGUCGUAUACUUAAAUUGGUAUCACCUGAUGCAACAUCUCAUACUCAAGACAAUCUGGUGGUUAAAAUCGACAAUACUAUUGUAGAAGAUCAACACAGUACAGCUAAAGAAAACGCAGAAAAUGUUUCCCCAAAUAAAAAUAUUGAUGUAAGUAGCUGUGAUGAGAUCUUAUCAGAUUGUGAUAGAGAUGAUCAAUUUGCCAACAAAAUUGAUGCUCGAUUUAUAAGUUCCCGUAAAACAGAUAAUAGUAGUCUUACUACACACACAUCAAUAAUAAGAACAUUGCAAACAAACCUCGUACCAGAUUAUGACAGUGAUGAUUCAUCCAUAAAUGAUAAUAAUAACUUAGAAAACAUUGAAACUUGUACUGAAAUUGAUCAAAGCAUUCAAAAAGCACUGCCGAAAUCUUCUUCUUCAAGCUCGUCUACAUCAAGCUCGUCUUCAUCGAACUCUACCUCCUCUGGUAGUUCAUCUUCGGAUUCAGACAGUUCUACGUCUUCUAAACGAACUAAUCAACAUUCUGAACAAUACGCCAAUGGUGUAAGACCACAGAGCGCUUCAACUUCCACUCUACCUGCCAAUAUUUCACCAAAUUAUACUGAUGAAAGUGAUAAUAUAGACUUAAGUGAUGACGACCCUACAUUUAAUUAUGAACUGUCUACCAAACGCAAAAAGAAAAACUAUUUUUUUGAUGCCACCAAAACAGACUCAUCUGACAGUGACGACGAUAGUGUUUCAGAUUCUGAUAGAAAGAAGCUUAGUAAAAGAGGGCGCAAGCGAUCUCUAAAUCCUGCAAAGUGGAAACAAAAUAAAGUUAAAAAGCUACGGAACACUGGUGAAUCGUAUAUAUCCAUAUCGAAAUCUCAGAAAGUUAUUCCCAGCCGCUGUCUUAAAGUGCCUUGCACAGAUAAAUGUAGAUUAAAAUGCACAACUAAUAUAUCAAUGGAUGAAAGGUAUAAUAUAUUCAAAGAAUUUUGGGAUUUAGGAGACCUGACAAGACAAAGAGUUUUUAUAAGCAGUUGUAUGGUAGACAUAACUCCAAAAUAUAGGUACACAAAUGCUACAAAUCCCAGACGCCCAAAUAAAGCCUAUAAUUUUACUGUUAAUAAUAAAAAAAUAAGGGUAUGUAAGACAUUUUUUAAAUCUACUUUGGAUGUUACGGACAGAAUGAUAUUCACCAUACAGCAUAAAGUAAGUGACGGUGGCUUUAUGCUUGAAGAUUUGAGAGGGAAACACCAUAGCCACAAAACUCUCCCUCCUGAAUUGAUUGACGACAUACGGAAGCAUAUUCAAUCCAUUCCGAAAAUAGAGUCACACUAUGUGAGAGCUACUUCUACCAGAGAAUACAUUGACGGUGGUAAAACUAUAAAGGAUUUGUAUUCAGAUUUUGUUAAACAACAAGAAGAAAAUAACAAAGAGACAGGAAAUUACAUAGCAUACUAUAAAAUAUUCACUCUAGAAUUUAAUUUAAGUUUUUUCCAGCCAAAAAAAGACCAGUGUGAUUUAUGUGAAUCAUUUAAAAACAGUACUGAUGAAAAAAAGAGAGAGCUGGAAGAUAAAUAUAAUAAACACAUAGAAGAAAAGUCAUUGAGUAGAAUAGAAAAACAAGAAGAUCGUAAAAAAGUUACCAAAGAUAAUAUAGUCGCAAUUUAUGAUUUAGAAGCAGUGCUCCAAUGUCCAAGAGGUGAUACCUCGGCAUUUUAUUAUAAAUCCAAACUUAACAGUUACAAUUUAACAUUAACGGAAUUGACACAAACGGAGUCAAAAACGGCAUAUGAUAAAGUACAUUGUUAUUUUUGGACAGAAUCAGAAGCUAAACGUGGGGCAAUAGAAAUAGGAACUUGUGUAUGGCAGUAUCUUGAAGGGAUAUGUGAAUCAAAUAUAGAAGAGAAAAACGUUACAUUUUAUUCUGAUAACUGUUGCGGACAGAAUAAAAAUAAAUAUAUCGCAACAUUGUAUUUAUUUGCUGUGAACACGUUGAAUAUAAGAAGUAUAAAACACAAGUUUUUAAUCACAGGGCACACUCAAAAUGAAGCGGAUAGCGUGCACAGCUUAAUAGAAAAAGAGAUAAAGAAAAAUCUUAAAUCAGGGCCCAUUUACAGCCCUGAUCAGUACAUAGCUUUAAUUAAAAAUGCUAAAAAAAGUAAACCAGCUAUAAAUGUACACGAAUUAACCUUUGAUUCCUUCGUUGAUACUAAAAUAUUGCAGGAAGAAUGGGGUUACAAUUAUAAUACAAAUAUGGACGGACAAACAGUUAAUUGGAAUAAUAUAAAAGUAUUGAUGAUGAAAAAAGAGAAACCAUUCAGUAUUUUUUACAAAACUUCCUACAAAGAUGAUUGUUUCCAAGAAAUAGAUGUAAGAAAUAAAAGGAAGAAGAUGAAGCUCAUAACAGAAAUUACACUAAAAAAGGCUUACACGGAAAGGCAAGAUAUAAGUCUUAAUAAAAGAAGGAUUUAAGAGAUCUCGUCAAUAAAGGACUUAUUCCUCCUUUUACGCAAAUUUUUAUAAUUCGAUCAUUAACUAGAGUUACUUCAUUGAUCUCAUAAUAAUUCAUUAAAAUUUUAGUGAUUUUGUUUGUCUAUAAUAUUUUUAGAAACAUCGUUUUUUUUUUGUUUUUAUAAUUAAGAAGAGUUUUAGUUUUGUUAUUAAGUAUAACUAAUAUUAGUCAAGUAUAACAUUAUGAUUGUUUAACAUUGUGAUUCCACG